AUUUAAACAAAUUCAAACCGAGCGGUUGCAUCGCGCGUCAUCGAACAAGUUACGGAAAACGCGUGCGGACGUGUUUUGAAAGAGGCGACGACAAAAGCUUCAUUCGCGCGAUUUUCGGAAUCUCUCUCUUCGACGCGAGUUUUCGUUACCUUGUUGUUGUUUAUAGAAGGAAAAGAAAGCAGCAAGGAAAUGUUUUAAGCCCAGAAGCAGCAAAACAAAGUUGUGACAAAAGCAACACACCCGACAACAGCACCCAGUGUUUGUGAAGUGCAAGAAGUAGAAAUUUAUAGUUGCUGUAUUUUGUCGAAAUUAAAUUAUGUUAAGUGCUUAAAACAGCUCGAAGGUGAAGUGCAAAGCGAAAGGAAAAAAGAAACGCCGCCAGCCAGCAGGGCAUAAAGCAACAGCAUCCCAUUAUCCCAGCAUCCAGCCUCCGCAGCAAGCAGCAGCAGCAGCAGCAGCAGCACCAUCCAUCCACCAUUCUCCUCCAUCCUCGGCAAAGAGGUGCAGGCGGCGCAAAGUAUGUAAAAGUUGAAAAGUGAACGGAUUCGCGACGAGCGGCACCAAAACUAAACAAGUUGCAAUGUGAAGAGCCCUAAAAGGACAAGUGCGAAACCCAAGAAAACCCAGAAGUUGUCAACGAGCAGGAGACAAGACGAAGAAGAAUAAGAAGAAGGAGCACCGGCAGCUGCUCCAACGAUUGACAGGACAAAAACAAAGGCGAAACCCCGGGGCCCAGCAGAGCGGAGCGGAGCGGAGGAGCAAAAGUUUUUCCAGCUCUUGUUGCUUGUUGCUGUGGGUUUCCAUGGCCGCUGUGUUGCAGGCAACCACGGGGCAACAGCAUUAGAAGCGCAAUGUUCUGGCCAAAUACCGCAACGAAAUAGAAUCGAGAACGUGGAUAGAGGAUAGAGGAUAGAGGAUAUUGGAUAGAUAUAGAGUGGAUAGGAAAGCACUCGACAGCACUGGCCAAAAAAGGAGCAAAGCCAGUGACUGCCGCAUAUGUGUUUUGUGCUGGUGGUUUUUGUGCUUUUCUCUGUGUGAUGCCACAAGGACACACUUCAAGUGACAGCAACAGCAACGUCAGCGGCAACAGACUCAAGUGCAGCAGCCCCACAAGGAGGCAAGCUUAGGGAGAGCGACGAGAGCGAGAGAGAGAGAGAGGGACAGGUUUCCAUCUUAAACGCAGCAUGCGCAAGCACAAAGCGCCGCCCAGCGGCAGCCCAAGGACACAAUCAGAUCCAGCUGCUGCAGGACUAGUGGAAAUCCAAGCAGAGCAACAGCAACAGCAGCAACAGCAGCAGCAGUGCCUGCUCUUAGGACACAAUCAAAUGGCCAGCAAUGGUCCCACUCCAACAGCAGCAGCAGCGAGCACAGCUAGUCGCCUGGCAGCCCCCACCGCGAGCUGUCAGGACAGGCCGGAUCAGCAACAGCAUCAGGCAGCUGCCAGCUGCAGCAGCAAGGAGCGACCUCAUCCCACAAUAAAGCUCAUGUCCUUGCUGCAGAUCGCCAGCUAUGUGCUGUGCCUGUGCGCCUUCAGCUUCGCCCUGUACGCCAACGUGCGACAGACGCGAAUGGAGCUGCGGCUGCAGCGCCUCCAGCAGCUGGACGCCCGCAUUGUCGAGCUGGAGCUGCGGCUGGAGCAGCAGCAGCUGCUCCACUGGCCCGCCGAACAGACCCAGAUUCUGGACAACAGAAACAACAACAACGGCACCCAGCACCUGACGCUGCAUGUGCGCCGGGAGCUGCAUCGUCUGCGCCGCGAUGUGUCGCACCUGCAGCUGACGCGACGCCAGCAGCGACGGCAGGCGGCCGAGGCGGCCGCAGCAGCAGCGGGCGAGGGUGGUCCAGCACUGACCGGAGGUCACGGCGAGUGCCAGUGUCAACCAGGUCCUCCAGGACCGCCGGGGCCACCGGGCAAGCGAGGGAAGCGCGGCAAGAAGGGCGACACCGGCGACAAGGGCGACGCGGGUCUCAAUGGCAUCAGCGGCGAGAAGGGAGCGGCUGGCAAGCCCGGCGACAAGGGCCAGAAGGGCGACACCGGCCACCCGGGCAUGGAUGUCUUCCAGACGGUGAAGGGUCUGAAGAGAUCGGUGACAACGCUGCAUGGCGGCACGUUGGGCUAUGCGGAAAUAGUUGCUGUAAAGGACUUGCAAGAAGCCGGCGUCAAUGUGUCCGCUUCCACAGUCAUACAGCUGAAGGGCGAGCCUGGGGAGCCGGGUCCGCCGGGACCAGCGGGCGAGGCGGGACAGCCGGGGGUGCCGGGCGAGCGAGGACCACCGGGCGAAACUGGAGCGCAGGGCGUUCAGGGCGAGGCCGGACAGCCGGGCCCCGCCGGACCGCCUGGCGUGUCCGGUGCACCUGGCACUAAGGGUGACAAAGGCGAUCGCGGCGAUCGGGGACUAACCACAACCAUCAAGGGUGACGAGUUCCCCACGGGCAUCAUCGAGGGUCCGCCGGGACCGGCCGGACCACCUGGUCCACCAGGGGAGCCCGGCGAGCGCGGCGAGGCGGGACCCAUCGGACCAGCCGGACCCCCCGGCGAGAAAGGACCGCGCGGCAAGCGUGGCAAGCGGUUGUUUGGACCUGGUGGCACGAAGCUGGACGAGGACUACGACGAUCCACCAGUGACACUGUUGCGCGGUCCGCCCGGACCGCCUGGCCUCGCUGGAAAGGACGGCCGCGACGGACGCGAUGGCAGCAAGGGGGAUGCUGGCGAGCCUGGAGAGCCUGGUUCGCUGGGUCCACGCGGACUGGACGGCCUGCCCGGAGAGCCGGGCAUCGAGGGACCGCCAGGUCUGCCUGGCUAUCAGGGACCGCCGGGGGAGAAGGGCGACCGUGGAGACAUUGGGCCGCCUGGACUGAUGGGACCCCCGGGUCUACCUGGCCCGCCGGGAUAUCCCGGCGUCAAGGGAGACAAAGGUGAUCGCGGCGACUCGUACCGUAAGAUGCGUCGUCGCCAGGAUGACGGCAUGUCGGAUGCCCCACACAUGCCCACCAUCGAAUACUUAUAUGGUCCUCCUGGACCACCCGGCCCCAUGGGCCCGCCAGGACACACCGGCGCCCAAGGCGACCGCGGCUUGGAUGGACGCAAAGGGGAUUCGGGCGAAAAGGGCCACAAGGGCGAUCAGGGACCCAUGGGGCUGCCGGGCCCGAUGGGUAUGAGAGGAGAAUCGGGACCCUCCGGUCCGGCGGGCAAGGCUGGCAUACCGGUGUGGGGCGACUACUAAUACUAGUUAAAAGUGCAGGCAGAGUCUAUUAAACAAUAACCAACAUAAAUGGAAUGCGACAUAAGAGACAAACAAACAUUCCAACACACACAAACACACACGCACACAGCGCCAUACAAAAACACACACACACAAAAGAAAGUCUUAACGAAACACUCAAUACAUAUGAAGAAAUGAAACCAAAUUUUAAUCAAAGCAAAACAAAUGUUCAAAAGUUAAAAAGCCGCCGCGCAAAAUGCUUGUCGUCUAUAUAUGUAUAUGUAUAUGUAUAUCAGGCGUAUACAUAUAUACCAAACGUGUAUUGUAUCAGUGUAUAUGUAUAUGUAUAUCAAGUUGUAAAAACACGCACCCAUGUACAGAGAAUUGAAUCUGAAAUAGCAGCAUGUCAGUAGCAACUAGGCAAAUACAUCCGCAUGAAAGAAAACAUUAACACUCAUAUUCAUAUCAUUUAAGAAACGCCCCAAGAGUCAAAUAAGUAUUUAUGUAUACAAGCAAAUGAAACAGAAACAGAAACAGAAACAGAGGCAUAUUUACACAUACUCCAAACCAACAUCCAUCAAUUGGAUUCAACUAACAAACUUUCAACCUGCCCCACACACACACACACACACACACACAAACAGACAGCAAACCAACUAACAAAUAUGCAAUGCAAAUAUUUUAAUUGCAUUUCAUUCGCCACUGCUCUGUGAGAAGCGAGAUUACAGCAGGAGCAGCAGGAGCGGGUAGAGCCACUAAAGCGGGAAAGCCGAGGGCCUCUCGAAAAUGCAUAAAUCAUACGCACCGUUGCACGUGAAAACAGCCCGCACACACACACACACACCAACACGAUGGCGGUGCUUCAAGUGCUUCCACGGGGUGCGAAUGACUAAUUGAUAGAUUAUACUUCAGCCCGAUCUCAAUCGUUUGGCAAUCGUUGCAGUAAGUGACUUAAUUAGUUACCUAAUUAGAUUGUGUGGAGGAAGCCUCUUCUGCCACUGCCACAGCCACUGCCUCGCUGCUCCUGCUGCACAUAUAUCUGCAUUGUCUUAGGUGCCGUCCAUUGGCUUUGUCUGAAUAUUCGAAUGCGAACAGUUUUCAUUCAUACAAAGCAUAUUUGCCAAAGCUUCAAUGUGAAGUAUUCAAUAGAAGUCGAGAGCUGAAAGCAGCAAUAACCAUAUAUAUAUAUAUAUAUAUAUACAAGCAGAUAAACAUCAAUAUAUAAAAUAUAUACAUGUGUACGGAUAAAGGAUAAAUGUGCAUUCAGAAAAGGAGAAAUUGUAAGAUAUUUUGAUCCAGUUUUUGCUCUCAAUGUUUCACGUUCUGUCUACAAGCAUGGAUAUUGUUUAGUUAUUUACACAAUAUAAACUUAAAUAUAAAGAGAUCUAUAUACAUACAACCUAUUGUAAAAGAAACUCAAUGUACUCGUGUAUUUCCCCAAAACAAAAACUAAAACCAAGAGCUAUCCAAUCCAAUUGUGCAUAUUUUUCAGUGUUAACUCUUGAAAUACUCUUAGAAGCGACAGCAGCAACUAGUUAGGUUAAAGUUCAAGUUAGAGCCUGGGCUGCUCGCACAAGAAGUGCGAAAUAUCAAACAAUAAAUACAUAAUCCCACUAUGUAUCCUAUUGGUUUCAUCGAACAUCUCAAAAUAAAGUAACGCAAACACAAUUCUAUAUGUAUAUGAAAACGCAAAAUGAUGCCAUCAAUUUACAUUUAUCUGUAUUUGUAUCUGUAUCUGUAGCAUUUUCAAUUUCAAUGUUCAAACUAUGCAAAAUGCAAAAAGGGCAAAUAAAAAUCAACCCCGAAAAUGAAGCAUAAUCAAUGCAAAUGAAACAAUACAAUGCAAAUGAUGAUAAAAUGUAUGUAUGUACAUUCUGCCGCCUCCGAAAAUAAGUACACAGCGUACAGCAAUUCAAUGGAAAAUUAAUGAAUAUGCAAAUGAGAAAUGCGAAUUGUUUGCAGCUUUACACACAAAAAAAAAAAAAAAAAAAA